AUGAACGAUCUAAAGGCAUGUCUGACAAAGGAGGAGUUUAGUGAUUAUACCGAUGAUCUCCCAAAAUCCAACGAAGGGAACAGCCAGGAAGUCUCCGAGUUACCUGUAAUCCAACAACGUUCACGUUUUCUUCAUUUGGCCCUCGACAUAGAAACAACAGGUCUAGACCGGAAAUCGGAUAUUCUGCAGAUUUCAUGCAUUCCACCAAAUGCUGAAACCAAAUCAUUUUCGGUAAACCUUUUUCCAGAAAAUCGAAUUAUUGGCCAGUCAGCGACGCAAGUCCACGGUAUAAGUGUAGAGUUUUGUAAGGGCAGAAAAACAUUAUUGAGAAGAGGGAAAGAACUGGAGGCCGUAUCGCAAACUCAGGGUCUCAGUGAUUUUUGCAGUUUCCUAAAACAGCAGUCCUGUUCCUUCCAAGUUGUCCUUAUUGCACACAAUGGUGAAAAGUUUGACUUCCCAGUUCUGAUCAAUGCUCUGAGAAGGAACAAUCUCCUUGAAUUGUUCCUGGCUACUGGUGUUGUCCUUGUGGACUCUCUAAAGAUUGUUUCGACAGAAAUGAAGCAGAAAGGUAGCCCUUUGUAUUCCUGCAAGAGCAAAUCUUUGUCCGACGUUUACGAAGUUUUACUGAAAGAAAAGUUUGAUGCACAUGAUGCACAAGAAGAUGCUACCGCCUUGUCGCGUAUUUUAUUUCAGUCCCCUCUGCAAGUAUCUGUUGAAAGAAUUCAGACGCACGCAGUUCCUGCAGAACUGUUCGAAAAAAAAUGAACUCAGCACAAGAGGCAAAAUCCCGAAAGUCCACGCUGCAUCGCCUCCCGGUCUCCGAAGGAAUGAAGGAGAAAAUGGGAAAGGCCGGGCUUGACUACGAAACAAUGCAGGGUGUUUACAAGAAAGGU